GGGAGCCGGACAUUCGGGAGCCGACCGCCUAGCAGCUCCGGCGCUCGCUGAGCUCCCGCCCCAGCUCUCCUGAGCCGGCCGUACAAUCCUCGGCAGUGUCCUGAGACUGUAUGGUCAUCUCAGCGGCCGCGCCUGCCGGGCCCGGACACCUUCCAACUCCUGUCGCUCGAGUCUUUUUUUUAACCCAGAAAAGUGACUCUUUUUCUAGGGAAAAAGGAACUUUGGUUCCCUACUCGCUGCCCUCCUUUCUCAUCUGACAACCUCCUCCCACUCCCACCUCCGACCCCGCCUCCGCGUGCAGGUUCCUCCCAGUCACCUUUCUCCACCCCCCUCCCCCGCACCUAGCCAGCAGCCCGCAAAUUUCCACCUGACUGUGCGGAGCGCUCGGGACCUGCGAGCACUCAGGGCCUUUAACAAUCUCCCCAGCCUCAGACAGACGACCAGGGCCACCGAAGACAACCCCCACUGGCCAAGAAGCCCAGGUGCUUGGCGUCUCAAAGGGCCGCUGCGAUAAUGACAGCUGACAAGGAGAAGAAAAGGAGUAGCUCGGAGAGGAGGAAGGAGAAAUCCCGAGAUGCUGCAAGGUGCCGCCGGAGCAAGGAGACGGAGGUCUUCUACGAGCUGGCCCAUGAGCUGCCCCUGCCACAGAGCAUCAGCUCCCACCUGGACAAAGCCUCCAUCAUGCGGUUAGCGAUCAGCUUCCUGCGAACACACAAGCUCCUGUCCUCAGUUUGCUCUGAAAAUGAGUCUGAAGCCGAGGCUGACCAGCAGAUGGAUAACUUGUACCUGAAGGCCUUAGAGGGUUUCAUUGCUGUGGUGACCCAAGAUGGUGACAUGAUCUUUCUGUCAGAAAACAUCAGCAAGUUCAUGGGACUCACACAGGUGGAGCUGACAGGACACAGUAUCUUUGACUUCACUCAUCCCUGUGAUCAUGAGGAGAUCCGUGAGAACCUGAGUCUCAAAAAUGGCUCUGGUUUUGGGAAGAAAAGCAAAGAUGUGUCCACAGAGCGGGACUUCUUCAUGAGGAUGAAGUGCACAGUCACCAACAGAGGCCGAACUGUCAACCUCAAGUCGGCCACCUGGAAGGUCUUGCACUGUACUGGCCAGGUGAAGGUGUACAACGACUGCCCUCCUCACAGUAGUCUCUGUGGCUACAAGGAGCCCCUGCUCUCCUGCCUCAUUAUUAUGUGUGAGCCCAUCCAGCACCCAUCCCACAUGGACAUCCCCUUGGACAGCAAGACCUUUCUGAGUCGCCACAGUAUGGACAUGAAGUUCACCUACUGCGAUGACAGAAUCACAGAACUGAUUGGUUACCACCCCGAGGAGCUGCUUGGCCGUUCAGCUUAUGAGUUCUACCAUGCACUGGACUCAGAGAGCAUGACCAAAAGUCACCAAAACUUGUGUACCAAGGGGCAGGUGGUGAGCGGCCAGUACCGGAUGCUCGCCAAGCACGGGGGCUAUGUGUGGCUGGAGACCCAGGGGACGGUUAUCUACAACCCUCGCAACCUGCAACCCCAGUGCAUCAUGUGUGUCAACUACGUCCUGAGUGAGAUUGAGAAGAAUGAUGUGGUCUUCUCCAUGGACCAGACUGAAUCCUUGUUCAAGCCCCACCUGAUGGCCAUGAAUGGCAUCUUUGACAAUGGUGGUGACAUGGCUGCAUCUGAGAAGAGUAACUUCCUGUUCACCAAGCUGAAGGAGGAACCGGAGGAGCUGGCUCAGCUGGCCCCCACCCCAGGAGAUGCCAUCAUUUCUCUAGAUUUUGGGAACCAGAACUUUGAGGAGUCCUCAGCCUAUGGCAAGGCCAUCCUGUCCCCGAACCAGCCAUGGGCUACAGAGUUAAGGAGCCACAACACCCAGAGUGAGGCUGGGAGUCUGCCCGCCUUCACGGUGCCCCAGGCAGCUGCCCCAGGGAGCUCCACCCCCAGUGCCACUAGCAACAGCAGCUGCUCCACGCCCAGUAGCCCUGGAGACUAUUACACAGCUCUGGAUGACGACCUGAAGAUUGAAGUGAUCGAGAAGCUCUUUGCCAUGGAUACAGAGGCAAAGGACCAGUGCAACACCCAGACGGAUUUCAAUGAGCUGGACUUGGAGACACUGGCACCCUACAUCCCCAUGGACGGCGAAGAUUUCCAGCUCAGCCCCAUCUGCCCAGAGGAGCGGCUCCUGCCAGAGAACCCACAGCCCACUCCCCAGCACUGCCUCAGUGCCAUGACAAACAUCUUCCAGCCCCUGGCCCCUCUGGCCUCACACAGCCCCUUUCUCCUGGACAAGUAUCAGCAGCAACUGGAAAACAAGAAGACAGAGCCCGAGCACCGGCCCAUGUCCUCCAUCUUCUUUGAUGCCGGGAGCAAGGCGUCCCUGCCACCAUGCUGUGGCCAGGCCAGCACCCCUCUCUCUUCUAUGGGGGGCAGAUCCAACACACAGUGGCCUCCGGAUCCACCAUUACAUUUCGGGCCCACGAAGUGGCCUGCUGGGGAUCAACACACUGAGCCCUUGGGGGCGCCACCCUUGGGGUCCCCAGUUACCUCGCCCCACCUCUCCAUAUUUAAGACGAGGUCUGCAAAGGGCUUCGGGCCUCGGGGCCCAGAUGUGAUGAGCCCAGCCAUGGUAGCCCUCUCCAACAAGCUGAAGCUGAAGCGACAGCUGGAGUAUGAGGAGCAAGCCUUCCAGGACAUGAGUGGGGGAGAUCCAGCGGGCAGCAGUGCCUCUCACCUGAUGUGGAAACGGAUGAAGAGCCUCAGAGGUGGGAACGGCCCUCUGAUGCCCAACAAGUCCUUGAGCACAAACGUCCCCAAUGAUGAGUUCACCCAAAACUCCAUGAGGGGCCUGGGCCAGCCCCUGAGACACCUGCCGCCACCCCAGCCACCGUCCACCUCGAGUCCCAGGGAGAAUGCCAAGAGUGGGUUCCCAUCACAGUGCUACGCCUCCCAGUACCAGGACUACAGCCUGCCAGCAGCUCACAAGGGGUCAGGCGUGGCAAGUCGGCUACUUGGGCCCUCGUUUGAGCCCUACCUGCUGCCUGAACUGACCAGAUAUGACUGUGAGGUGAACGUGCCCGUGCCGGGAAGCUCCACGCUCCUGCAAGGAGGGGACCUCCUCAGAGCCCUGGACCAGGCCACCUGAGCCAGAGCCUCCUGUCCAGGCAGCACCCUCCAACACCGUCCCGCCAGCUUCACUCUCUACGUCUAUUUUUGCAACUAGGUAUUUCUAACACCAGCACACUUUUUACAAGAUGUACUUACCUGGCAGACUUGCCCAGGUCACCGAGCAGUGGCCUUUUUCUGAGAUGCUCACUUUAUUAUCCAUAUUUUUUAAAUACACAAUUGUUUUACCUGCUAUGUUUUGUUCCGUUGA